GACUUCCAAUGUCCCAUGUGUCAUAAGGUUUUCCCCCUGCAGCGCAUGCUGACACGCCACCUGAAGUGUCACAGCCUCAUCAAGAGGCACCCGUGCAGGUACUGCGGCAAGGGCUUCAAUGACACCUUCGACCUGAAGAGGCACAUGCGCACGCACACAGGUAUCCGACCCUACAGGUGUGACCUGUGCGAGAAGGCGUUCACACAGCGCUGUUCGCUGGAGUCGCAUCUGCGUAAGAUCCAUGGCGUGCGGCAGCAGUACGCCUAUCGCCAGCGGCGCUCCAAGAUCUUUGUGUGCGAGGACUGUGGCUACACCUCCAGCCGGCCUGACGACUACUUCCUGCACGUGCGCCAGCGGCACCCGGACAGCCCCGCCCUGCGCCGCUACUACCGCAAGCACCUGCAGGAGACGCCCGGCCAGCCACGCAUCUCGCCCUUCAUGCUUUACCCUGCCGCCUUUUACAUAUGA